CUCCCGCCGCCGCCGCCGCCUCCGCCUGCCAUGCAGCUCCACCCCGGCCCCUACACAUUACCCUGGCACGCAACUGACAACAGUGACCUGUCCAUGCAGUGGACUCAGCUGUCCAGACCGUACUCCUCCACCGACAGAAGCAGUUCCCUGGGCUCCAUGGAGAGCCUGGACACGCCCACGCCCACCGCACAGCCGGACUCCGACUCCCACAACUCCCCCGUGGACCCGACGCUCUUCAACAACAAGAGGGACUCGGCCUACAGCUCCUUCUCCGCCAGCUCCAACACGUCCGACUACGCCGCCGUGCCGCUGAAGCCCGGGGAGACCUGCUCCAUGGAGAACCUCCUCCAGAGCCUGGGCCCGGCGUGCGGAGACUACCCUGCCGGUGAGGCCGCGACCCCGGGGAGCUCGUCCACCGAGGCCCAGCUGAUCGCACACAAGUCCAGGUCCCUCACCCGGCCGAGGCGCAGGCCUGUGGAGGUGAAGGAGAGGCCUUCGUCCUGCUGCUACGAGGUGGAGAGGAGGGGAGGGAACUUUGAGACUGUGAGGAACGGAGAAGGAGGCGCGGAGGAGAGGAAGACGAGUCCUCCUCAGCCUCCGACCAGGAAGGACAGCUUCAGAGCCACGAGGAGUCACAGCAACAAGCGCUGCGCCUCGGCUCCCAUCGAGGUGUCCAGUCUGACCUCCUACUUUGAGGAACACCAGUCCUCUCUGAAGGUUGAGUCAGGGAUUCACAACGGAUUCGUCUCGGCUCCGGAAGAAAGAGACACAACUGGACGUUUCAGAGAGGACACCUCAGACUCACACUACACACAGAGACAGACACACACCCGAUGUGACACUAGUGCUAACAAAGACUAUAGCCUAGACGCCACCUCAGAUCACCUUUCUGACCAGGUGACGACCUCUCCUCCUGGCUCCUCCCCUUCCCAGUCCUCCAUGGAGGUUGAAGAGCAGUCGCUUCACCGGCACAGCGCCCCCGAGAGGCUCCUCGCCACACAACUCCAGUCACUGCAGGUUAACAGUGACUCCUCCCACCCUCCUGAUCAGCUCCUGUUCAGCAACCAGUGUUCCCAGUCCUCACACCAGCCUGCAAGGGACGGCAGCCGCUGCUCCACCCCCGGAUCUGUGUUCCUGGAAGGUGAAGGUGAUGAGUCGUGUGACAGACUCGAUGGGAUGUGUGUAAAUGGCGGCCCACCCUCCUCGGCUCAGCAUCACCCCCCCUGGGGCCGCUCGGUGAGCGUACCAGUGGAUCCCAGUGGAUCCCAGAGGAAACUGAGCUCGGACCAGAUACUGGAAAGUGACUUUGAGCCUCUCAGUGCCGCUGCCAGUGUGGACUCGUUACUGGAGGAGCAGAGAGCGGUGGAUAGAGGAGUAAGUGGAGGGAAGAAGGAGGAGAAGGUGGAAGGAGAGGCAGCGAUGAGGAAGUUAACGCCGUCGAGGAACCACCGACGGAACCGCCGGCGCAACGAGCGGUUCGCCACCAACCUGCGCAACGAGAUCCAGAGGAAGAAGGCCCAGCUGCAGAGGAGCUGCGGCCCGGGGGGGCUGCUCUGCAGUGGGGAGACGGUCCCGGAGGAGGAGGGUCCCGACCUCCAUGACCAACAGGAGGACCCAGAUGUUCCGGCCCAGGAGAGGAGCACCAAGGCUGCUUCACCUGUGAUGCACGAAGACGUCAGGACAACCGCUGAGAAACCAAACGCUUCAGAUGAACCAACUCCGCCUCCGUCAGCAAGCUCCACCCACAGCAACACCACCUCCAGGUCUGUGCAGGUCCUGGACCCGGUCCUGGACCCGGUCCUGCCCAGUUUUGGUGUCGGCAUCCGAGUUGUGGAAGAACCAGCUCCGGCCGGGAAAGCUCGCCGCUGGCGUUGGACCCCGGAGAAUAAACUCCAACCAGAACCCGAGCAGGAGCGACGGAGCAGGGUCCCGGAUGAGAGGGUCUCAGGGGUCACAGGAUCCCGACAUGGGGUCUGUACCUACACCUCCUCCUCCUCCGCCUCCUCCUCCACCUCCUCCUCCCACAGCCGCACCUCCUCAUGCUCCCGGAUGGAGGACACCGACCUCCUUCCGUUUGCAGAUAGAAUGAAGUUUUUCGAGGAGACGAGCAAAACCAUAACUGGGUCGAAUGUUCCGAGUCUGUCGAGUCGUCGGCAGAAGCCCCCCCACCCUGAGCACCAGGGGGGGGGGCUCGGCCUGCAGCCCACCCAGAGGAGAUACUCCUACCAGGGGGCGCUGUCUCAGGAGAGCUCCGUGCUUUCAGACACCAUGGAGAGCAGGAGGCAGUCGGUGAGCACCAGCAGGGAGAGGCAGAGAGAGAGGGAGAUGGAGCGGGAGAGGGAGAGGGAGGAGAGGGGGAGGGAACGAGAGAGGGAGGAGAGGUUGAGAGAAAGGCAGCGGGAGGAAAGAUUGAGAGAACAGGAGCGGCAGCAGGAGAAGGAAAGACAAGAGAGGGAGCUGGAUAUGGAGAGGGCCCGGCUGAGGGGGGUGCAGCGGGAGAGGGAGCGAGAGGAGAGGAUGAGACAGUGGGAAAGGGAGAGAGAGAGGGAGCUGGAGAGAGAGAAAGAGAUGGAGAGACUCCAGAGAGAGAGGGAGGACGCUGCUCAGCUCAGCUCACGUCACCAAGACUUCCAACACAACUUCCAUCUCCAGCCUGGUGCGUUCUCCCAGAACCAGAAUCCACCCCCCCGAUCGGCCUUCCAUCCCGUCUGCCCCCCCGCCCAGUCCUUUGAGAAGCAGCAGCCUCUGCAGCAGGGACACACGUCCAGGAGCUACCCCCCCACAGAGACGCUUCCGGCCCGAACGCAGGACACGAGCUCGCUCAACAGGAAGUACAGCCUGACUGAGAGGGACCUCCCCGGCUGGAGGCGGGACUCCAGACCCCCCCCGGAGAGCGCCCCCCCGCCCCAGCAGCUCCACCCCCACGGGCGAUGUGGCCCCCGAGACGUCGACAGCAGCAACGGGUACUCGUUCCCCCCCCCGCCGCCCCCCCUCGGGCUGCGAGGCCGAGCCAUGUCCGAGAACGACCUCCGCUUCGACGGCGGUCAGCGCUGGGCGCCGUCGGUCUGCGUGGCGCCCGGUCGGACGCUGAGCGAGGUGGAGGAAGGAGCGGGGGGGGAGGCGGCGAGCACGCUCAGGCGGAACAGGAAGAGGACGCCGCCGCCACCGAGACCGCCGCCGCCCAAGUGGGAGCAGUUCCACCGGCGGCGUGCGUCCCACCACACCCUCUUCUCCUCCUCCGCUCCUCACUCCAUCCCUCCCUCCAUCCACACGGCGUCUCCCUCCUCCUCGUGCCUCCCUCCCCCGGAGACGUCCAGGCAGAGGUCCUACAGUCUCCCCCCCGAGAGGAAGGAGGUGACGGAGGCGUGUCCUCGCUGCACCUGCAGCCAAACCCAGGAGCACGCCUUCGCCCACGCCACGUCCAAUCAGCAUCCGGCUCCGUUCCAGGACCGCUCCUUCACCGUGACUCCGCCCAGUCCCAUGUUCUCCAGACGGGCGUUCAGACCGGUGGCUCCGCCCCAGAGAGAGAGGGAGGGGCACCUGCAGAGCUCGUACGGCGAGGAGGAGGAAGAGGAGGAGGAAGAGGAGGAGGUCGUAUCGUCUUUACCUUCACCACCGACGGAAACAAGCAGGUCGUCUGAGGGUCACGCCCACGAGAGGACGCCAGCGAACCAGCAGCACGACGUGAGACCAGGAGCCGAGAGGGAGCGACCUCCUUCUCCCAGUGACUCCACUCCUCCCCCUGGUGGAGAGAACGGAGUUUCUCCUCCUGAACCCUACUUCUCCAUCGCCUCCGAGCGGCAGCAGCAGCAGCUCCGUGGGACCAGAGGCUUCCAGGCCGAGGAGCAGCAGGAGAUCCCAGAGCCGGGAACCGAGUCCGAGACGACCCUGAGCCCGAGUCCCGCCCACAGCCUGGAGGCCGACCUGGACGUCCCCAUGGAGACGGACAUCGAUGACUUCCAGGAGGAGGAGCUUCCGGGAGAGUUGGAACCCAUCACCAGCGAGCUGCCGUGCUUCGCGCUGCCGGUGACGGUCCUGGAGACGGACAUCGACACGUACCCGGACUCUGAGGCCUCGCCGCCGCCGGGCAGGACGCGGGCGGAGAGCAGCUCCGUGGAGGGGGAGGAGCUAGAGACCAGCGAGGGCUCCAGAGAGAGGCUGAGCCUGGAGGAGCUGUUCCCCCAGAGCAGUGAGGGCGAGUCGGGCACGGAGAGCUGGAGAGGAGCCUACCGGAGCCCGGAGCACAACACCGACAGCCUGGACAGGCGCUCCGGGGCGAGCUCCAGCUGUUCGUCCUAUUACAGCACGUCGGCCGCCAAAGCUCAGCUCCUGUCCCAGAUGAAGGACUUCACCGACCACCGGGAGAGAGACGAGGACGACGAGCUGAGCUACAAGAAGCAGCUGAUGGAGAGUCUGCGUAAGAAGCUGGGCGUUCUGAGGGAAGCUCAGAGGGGUCUGCAGGACGACAUCAGAGCCAACACCCAGCUGGGAGAGGAGGUGGAGAACAUGGUGGUGUCGGUGUGCAAGCCCAACGAGGUGGACAAGUUCCGCAUGUUCAUCGGAGACUUGGACAAGGUGGUGAGUCUCCUGCUGUCUCUGUCCGGGAGGCUGCUGCGGGUGGAGACCACGCUGGACACGCUGGACCCGGAGACGGAGCAGAACGACCGGUUCCCUCUGCUGGAGAAGAAGCGUCAGCUCAUGCGGCAGCUGUCGGAGGCCCAGGACCUGAAGGACCAUGUGGACCGCAGAGAGCAGGCCGUGAGCCGGGUGCUGGCCCGCUGCCUGUCGCCCGACCAGCACCGAGACUACAGUCACUUUGUGAAGAUGAAGGCUGCUCUGCUGGUGGAGCAGAGGCAGCUGGAGGACAAGAUCCGGCUGGGAGAGGAGCAGCUGAGGGGCCUGAGGGAGAGUCUGGGUCUGGGUCUGGGUCUGGGUCUGGGACUGGGACUGGGAAUGUCCAUGGGAUACGGACAUUACUGAGGACAGACCGAUCUGAAGAUGCUUUAACUCCGAAUCGGUUUGAAGACGAGGGAGGAAGGAGCUGGAGACAGAGUCGAGUUGAACACUGAAACAAGUCAACGUUCAGUUUCAUGUGUUCAUUUGGUUUAUCGCUGAGAUCUGAGAUGAGAGAAUGUUCUUGUAUCUCUCUGAUCGAUUUGAAGCUACAGCUAAUAGCUUAGCAUAAAGCAUGGAAACCAUAGGCUAGCCUGGCUCAGUCCAACCGAAGGACGGGAUUUGAAGAUGGACGAGAGGACGGCUGCCGACAUCGAACAACAGAAACCAACCACAGCUCCUCUCUGUUCUCUGAGGCUGGAACACGUCCUGUCACUCUCCUCCUCUCUCCACUCAUCACACUAUGUUGCCAAAGACAUUCCCACUUGGUGCUGCUUAUUGUUUCUUCUUCUCUUGUAUAUUUAAAUCUCAGAGAACUCGGUGCUUCGUACCAAGAAACGACAAAACUCUGCAAAAUGUCCGGACUCGGUUUUUCCCCCGAACAUUUUCCAGAUUCAAGUCUGAAAUCGUUAACGACACUAAAGUCACGAUGGCGACGCCCAGUUUGCAGCUUCACUAACCGUCACUGGGACGUUAGCUAAACGUAGAAACACGUAAACCGUAUAAUCCGGCAUCGUAUCAUAUUCUUCGUAACGUCCGCGGCUGUAACUCGUUUCACUUUGUGGAGUUUGAGACUCCACCGACUGUUGUUCUGUACAGAAGACACUUGUGUUUAUAUCGUAUACCGUGUGUAUAUAAUGCUUUGAUUUGUUUUGUAUGACUGGAAUUGUUUGUAAAAGAAAUGAAAAGAUCGGAGAGUAAAGGAAGUUUCCUGUGUUUAGAUCAGAUUGAAUCCUGAGGUUGCAGUUUUUGUUUGAUUUCUUGCCGAGUUAGAAAAGAGAGUUGAUCUCAUUCUCACGUCUGUUCAGGAAAAAUACAGCUUUGUCCAGCUGCCAGUUAGCUUAGCUUAGCAUAGAGACUGGAAACCAGGGGAAACAGCUAGCGUGGCUCAGUGUAAAGAACAGAAUCUGAAUACCACCUCCUCUAAAGCAACUUAAGUUUUCAAAGUUUAAAUUUGUGAUUCACCCCCCUGAUCCUGAACCUUUUCUCUUUGCUCCGCCUGAAUGAAUCCGCUCUGAAAACACACAAAGACAAAAAAACACCUUCAACAAAGCCACUGGUUAAAUGUUCUGUUCAGAAGUUCCACACUCGUUUGUUCCCUCGGUUUCUUCCUGCUGUUCUCAAACCAAACACAGAACCAGAUUCCACGUGUUCUCCUUCAUUUCUCUUGUUUUGUACAUUUCACGUGUUCCUGUAUCGUAAUAAAAAGAUGUUUCAUAAACCGGCUGGAAACGAGCGGGAGGAGACACAACCUUUUUUUUUUUUGUAACUGCAAAAAGAAAAAGUACCAUAAAUAAUAAUAAUAGUAUUUUA